CCACGUUCAAAAGCACAAGCAAAAGCAAAACCUUCCACAGCAUCGCAGCAUCCACGGUAGAGGGCGAAACGCAAUUUCACCCCACCACCCAAAAUUCAACUGGGAUUGAAAGAGACUACAGUGCAAGUGCAAAAAAAGGGAGUUCCUCCAUCUUUUCUCGCGUGUUGAAUGCUUAAAAAAUCAAGUGAAAUCGACGACCCGUAGUGAAUAGUGUUCGGGAAACGUGAAAAACCUGCUGGCCGUGGCCAAGGUGGAGGGAUUAUGUGGUCCCAAAAUGGCCCAGCCCAGUGUUGAAAAUUUUCCACCCUACCACGCCAUCAGCAGCAGUGGUCGUUCAGUGGAUUUUAAAAAUGGAUGAAAAAAGUGAAGAGGAGCCAACAUCACGCCCACGUGCGAAAAUGACUCUGCGGAACGGAUAAAGUCAGCAUCUCAACGGCAAGAACUAUGAAGCAAGGAUAUAAGAGAAGAUUCCUACUUGGACUGGCAGCAAUCACCGAUUUCAACUUUUUGAAAAUUUGAAACAAGAUGAAAAAGUUGUUCAACACUCAAUAGUGGUUGAAAAAAAAAAUAAAAGGUUCCUAGAGUGACAGUGCGGAAAUCGGUGUGUGAAGUGUUUUGUGAAUCAAGGAUUUUAACAAAAAUGAAAAUGAAAAACUAACUAAAAUUGGCGUUUUCACUGGGGUGCCGCCACAAAACGUCAGCAACUGUGUCCAGUUUUUUUUGUUGUUCUGUGCUGUGCUAAGCGAAAAAGUGAAGCAAAACGCCAUCCAAUCAAUCAAAGUCAGGCAAAGGAUUACUGCCACUGGAUUGUGACCACCCCCGGAUUAUUCCUUACAGCACCUCCACACAAACACGCACGCACACAUUCAAACACACACACGCUCACUCACAAACACCAAUAGCACCCAUACAAACACAUCGACGCGGACGUGAAACGGAAACGACGGGAACCAAUUUGCGCCCUCCCCCGCUCCGGUGUCAGACACGAGUCAGAGUGAUCAUGAGCAGCAACAUUUGGAACGGGCUGAUCGAUCGAAGUCGGAGUGGAUUUUUACGGAAUGUCUCGGGACGGCUGUUCGGUAUGGUUGCCACCUUUUCGGCACUGCUGCUGGUCAUCGGAGUCGUGGUAUGCGACGAGGAAACAACGCCCCACCCACUGGACGAUCAUCGACGCUACUCGCAGCCGAUUCUGUACCCCGGUGCCAAUCAGUUCACCGGUCCCCGCCAGCUGUAUCCCUCGUCCGGUAAGGUGAAAUCCUCCGAGGGUCGACUGGUGAAGACAAAAACGAACCCGAAAGCGAGACCGAACAUCCGAACGCCGCUACCGCCGGGGAAGAUUGUCCUAGCACCGCGGCCACUUCCACCGGUGUACGGUGUGGGGCAAGAGCUGCCCCAGGAUCUGCGCAGUCACCGGUCCCGCCCGGUACCGAUCUAUGUUCCGCCCGGCUUUGGAACCAUCUAUCACGGUAUCCACAGGCCGGCCGGUGGUGAGCGGACGGAAGACUACCGACCGCAUCACAAUGGGUACGAUUACUCACUGGAUAAGGUGUUCGUCCCCGAAGGGGACCUGCUGAGUGAGGGUGUCGGUGGCGGAGAUAGCGCACCCGGAGUGGACAACUGUGACAUUCGAUGCGAACCGAAAGAGUUUCGGUGCGAUAAGAGCUGUGCGUGUGUCCACAUGGACCUGCACUGCAAUGGGCAGGCAGACUGUAUCCUGUCGGAGGACGAACAGAACUGUGAAGCGGUUCAGGAAGAGUUGGUAAAGCAGAUGAAGCAGAGCUGCGAGGCCAGCGGAUCGCACGUAAUUUGCGCCACGACGCAUACGUGCAUAUCGAAGCAAUGGUUGUGCGAUGGGGACGAUGAUUGCGGGGAUUAUACCGACGAAACGCACUGCGGAUCGCGGAACGAGUGCUUUGAGGGGAAGUUUCAGUGCCAGAAUGAGCUGUGCAUUCCACGGGAGUGGGUGUGCGAUGGGGACAACGAUUGUAACGAUUUGUCCGAUGAACGGAAUUGUUCCAGGCAAUGUACCCAGGACGAAUUCCGCUGUCACGACGGGAGCUGCAUUUCGGCCUCGUUCGAGUGCGACGGCGAAGCGGACUGCAUCGACGAAUCGGACGAGAUGACGUGCGAUCGACCGAUGCAGAGCUGUCCGGAGGGAGAAUUCAAGUGCAAGGGAUCCCUCGGCGGAUUGGGUGGCCCCGGGGGACGCUGCGUGUUGAUGCGGUUCCGUUGUGAUGGCGAUAAUGAUUGCGGCGAUUGGAGUGACGAGGAGGGUUGCCCCAAGAAGCAGGUCCUAUGUACGGCCAAUGAGUUCAAGUGUGACGAUGGGGAUUGUAUUCCGGUGCAGUGGCGCUGCGAUGAUAAGCAGGACUGUAACAACGGGGAGGAUGAGAAGGGCUGCCCGGUGGAUAAGCUGGGCGGGAGGACGUGUUCGCCGGACGAGUACACGUGUAAGGAUGGGAGGUGUAUUUUGCGCUCGUGGGUAUGCGAUGGUUCAGCUGAUUGUAAGCGAGGAGAAGACGAGCAGGACUGUGACACGAAAUGUGAACUGAAUCAAUUUGCUUGUCCUUCCAAUAGUCGCAACAGCUCUAGAGAUUCACUCUGCAUCAACCAGAAGCACGUAUGCGACGGCCACAAUGACUGCGUAGACGGUGAGGACGAACUGCGUUGCCCGAUCGUUCAUCCGUGUAAUGCCCAUUCCCGGUGCGAACAGCUGUGCGUGACCGCCUACAGUAAGCGGGAGGAGUGCAUGUGUCGGUCGGGUUUUCUACUGCACGGGAAUGGGUACAACUGUACCGACAUUGAUGAGUGUUCGAUCGUCAACAGUCCAGUCUGUUCACAGGAAUGUAUCAAUACGGUUGGAAGCUUCCGAUGUGGUUGUAAACCGGGUUAUGUACUGAGACCGGAUCAGCGUACCUGUAAGGCCGUUGGAGGAGCUGUCAAACUGCUGAUGGCCAAUCGUGCCGACAUCCGACAGGUGUCGCUGAGUAAUAAUCAGUUUACGUCGAUUGUUAAGGGAUUGCCGAACGCCAUCGCUUUGGAUUAUCACUACCAGCAGGAUUUGCUGUUCUGGACGGAUGUUUCGAUCGAUGUCAUUAAACGGUCGUAUCUUAACGGAACGGGAGUUAAAGAUGUUAUAAAGUGGGGUUUGGAGUCCCCGGGAGGUUUAGCAGUCGAUUGGAUACAUAACCUACUGUUUUGGACGGAUUCGGGAACUCGACGCGUAGAGGUAUCUACGUUCGAUGGAAAACUGCGAGCAGUUUUGGCCGCAAAUGAUCUUGACAAACCCCGAGCGAUUGCCGUUCAUCCGGGAAAGGCAACUGUUUUCUGGACCGACUGGGGCACCGUACCGAAGAUUGAGAAGGUCUACAUGGACGGUUCCGAGAGGCAGACCAUCGUUUCUGAAUCUAUUUUUUGGCCAAAUGGUUUGGCUAUCGACUACACCACUAACCGGAUCUACUGGGCCGAUGCUAAGCAUGUCAUCGAAAGUGCAAAUUUUGAUGGAAAAAAUCGGAAGAAAAUCCUAAGUAACAACCUUCCGCAUCCGUUCGCUAUGACCCUGUUCGAAGACUCGAUGUACUGGACCGAUUGGCAUACGAGAACGGUGUCAACUGCGAACAAGAUCACUGGCCGGGGAUUCCGAAUAGUACACGAAGGUCUGCACUUUCCAAUGGACAUCCAGAGCUAUCAUCCGUCUCGGCAGCCAGACUACACUAACCGUUGUCCACUGGAUCAGCAUGGUCGUCACGGUGGAUGUUCUCAUCUGUGUCUACCGAGUCGAAAUCAUCGACGGUGUGCUUGUCCGAUUGGUCUUACACUGAAAGGGGACCAACGAACCUGUUCGAAUGUUCCAGAUAAGUUGCUGUUGAUCGCCCGGAAGAAAGACAUCCGGGUUCGUCAGUUGGAUCAACAGAAUCCUACCAAGGGAGUUGAUAUGGUCGUUCCGCUGGAUGGCAUUAAGUCCAACGUAGCCAUCGAUUGGUGUAGCCAGACGAACGUCAUCUACUGGACUGACGUGGGCAAAAGCAUCAUCAGUCGGGCAUUCAUCAACGGAAGUCAACAGGAGGCGAUCAUCAAAUCGAACCUUAUUUCUCCGGCGGGCUUAGCACUGGACUGGAUCACUAAUAAAAUCUACUGGACCGAUGCUGGAACGAACCGUAUUGAAGCGGCUAGUACGGAUGGGAAGCAAAGGGCACUGCUGAUCUGGGAGCGACUGGAUAAACCGAGAGACAUUGUGGUGCAUCCAAGCGAGGGUUACAUGUUCUGGUCGGAUUGGGGAUCCAAUCCGUUGAUCGAGCGGGCCGGCAUGGAUGGAAGCGGUCGGGUAACGCUGGUAUCGGAAAACCUACAGUGGCCGAAUGGACUGGCCCUGGAUACCGACAAUCAUCGGCUGUACUUUGUCGACGGUGGCACUAAGGCUUUGGAGUAUGUUAACUUCGAUGGAACGGGUCGGAAUCGUUUGAUUACGGAAGGACUGAAGCAUCCAUUCGGUUUGGACGUGUACGAUAAGAAGGUGUACUGGACGGAUUGGGAUACGCAUAGUAUUCAGGUAGCGGAUAAGUUCACUGGAGGUGAUCGGCACACCAUCUUAGCGAACAAUACCGAUUUGAUGGACAUUCGGGUGUUCCACCGGACUCGGAAAGAUGUGCGGAAUCCGUGCGGUGUGCGGAAUGGAGGUUGUUCGUACAUAUGCCUGCUCAGCCCUUCAGGGUAUAGCUGUGCUUGCCCCAUCGGUAUACAACUGAAUGACAACGGCAAAACCUGCAAGGACGGCCCCUCCAACUAUCUCAUCUUCGCCCACCGCACCGACAUCCGGCAAGUGUCGCUGGAUAGCGACUACCAGAUUGACGUCGUUCUUCCGCUGCCACCGAUAUCCAAUGCCGUCGCACUGGACGUAGAUUCCCGAACCGGGGACAUCUACUGGGCGGAUACGAUCGAGGACGUUAUAAUGAAAUCCUCACCGGACGGAAUGCGAGUGAAGCAAGUGCUCAGCGAAAGCAUGGAUAGCGUCGACAGUAUUGUGGUGGACUCGAUUGGCCGGAAAAUCUACUGGGCCGAUGCUGGACGUUGCUCGAUUGAAGCUAGCGAAUUGGAUGGUAGCGUCCGUACGGUACUGAUCUGGCACGAUCUGGUGCAUCCGAAAGGAAUCGCAAUGGAUUACGAAAGCGGAUAUUUGUUCUGGUCCGAUUGGCGCAAAGAUCCGAUCAUUGAACGUGCCGAUAUGGACGGGGAUCGAAGGAAGGUCAUUGUUGCAACAGACCUCGGAUACAUUUCCGGUUUGGCAGUUGACGGACUGGAGAAGCGAAUCUACUGGACGGAUGCCAAAGCGAAAACGAUUGAGUCCUGCGAUAUGAAUGGAAACUCCAGAAAAAUGUUGCUGGAGAAUCUUCCGCAUCCGUACGCACUGGCAGUUACUCGCAACUGGGUCUACUGGACGGAUUGGAUCACUAAGGCGCUUCAUUCGGUACCGAAGACGAACACUAGCAAGAUUCGAAAAGUGGCCACCGAUUUGGAGCAGCUGAUGGAUGUUAAAGUUGUACUGGAGCAGGAUGAGUAUACGGAGAACCCGUGUGGUAAAAGCAAUGGCGGAUGUUCGCAUCUGUGUCUGAGAAAACCGAAAGGUUUUUCAUGUAAAUGUCCCACCGGAUUACUGAUGAAGGAAGGUAAUUCCAAAGAGUGCAAACAGGUUCCCGAUGAAUACCUUCUGAUCGCCCUUCGUUCCGGAAUCGGCCGCAUAUCACUGGACACACAGGAUCUGUUCGACGUAGUUCUACCGUUCGAGGGAGUCCACGGAGUGGUUGCCUUGGAUUACCACUUCGACCGGAUGUACAUCUUCUACGCGGACGUUAACGUGGACGCUAUCCGACGAGUCAGUAUGCACAAUUUAUCCGACACCAAAGUGAUCGUCGCCAGCGGGCUAAACACCCCGAACGGCAUUGCCGUCGAUUGGCUGGCGGAUAACCUCUACUGGACGGAUGCGGCAUUGAAAAAAAUUGAAGUCUCUCGACUGGAUGGAACCUGUCGGAAGGCAUUGCUAACCGGCGGUUUAGACGAUCCACGAUCGAUCAUUCUCUAUCCGAAGCGUGGCUUUAUGUUCUGGGCCGAUUGGGGCCAGGCACCAAGAAUCGAACGAGCCUACAUGGACGGAUCGGAACGGCGAAGCAUUAUCGAUUCGGAGCUCGGAUUCCCGACCGGUCUUGCGAUUGAUUUCGACGCAAAGAAACUGUACUGGGCUGACGCUCAGCAGGAUCGAAUUGAAAUGUGUGACUUUGACGGGAAACGUCGAAUCCGGGUCAUCUCCCAGGCUACACAUUCGUUCGGAUUGACGCUGACCGCCAGCCACAUGUACUGGACCGACUGGCACAACAAGUCGGUCCUGCGGGCUCCGAAGCGUGUCGCCUCUCCGGUGGAAGAGGUUCGUUUUGGACUGCGAGGUGCUCUCGAGAUUCGAUCCGUUUCCGGUAAUCGUCAACCACACGAUUGGAACCCCUGCGGUCAGGACAACGGUGGCUGUACUCACCUGUGCUUAUUCGCGGAAACACGCUACGUCUGUGGUUGUCCGGAUGUUCCGGACGAAACCCACUGUCGGCUGGAACCCGCCUUCAAUGUACCGAUCAAAACCAACGACGAAAUCACCGCUACCCUAGAGGACGAAAAACCGGCCAAAUCGGACGGAUCUACCGUGUUGAGCAAGAACAAAAUGCACGCCCAAUUAGUUAUCAUCGCUACCGCCAUUCUAGCUGGCUUACUCAUAAUAGUAGUCAUCGCCAUCCUAGUGCUGAUUGUUAAUUCCAAACGGAAACAGAGUAAGAAAACGUCCCGCAGCGGUAGCGACGUGCUGACAUUCACCAAUCCCAACUACAACGGUGUCGACGGGCUGUGCCAUCCGGGCGGUGAGGCUAGCAGUAGCAGCAGCAGCUCUCGGAAUACCAUUUGGAAGCGGCUCAAGUACGAUCGGGCGCAGGAGCUGGUCUACGAGGAGAAAUUCCUGGGUCCACCGCACGGCACCGCAACCACAACUCUAAUUUCACCGGCAUCGUCAUCGCAGAUCUCCACCACCUCGGCAGUUCUUCCAGUGUAAUCCAACUGAAACUACAGAACAUCGAAAGGUGCAUCACAACUAACGGGAAAAAAGCAAAAAAAAAUCAAACUCACUCAGUUUGAGCAAACUAGCGAAAAUAGAUGACGACCCCGUGAUCAACUAUAUAUGCUACCAUUAAAAAACAAAACACAAAAAAAACAAUGAAACAUAUUCACUGACGAGAUCGUUCAAGGUAAUUCAAGGCAGCUACACUAGAAAGAGGUAAACUAAAAACAAAACAUUGAAGAUGAAACCUAAGGUUGAGUAAACAAUGUAUCUUACAUAAAUACAGAGAGUUAUAAUAUUUUUAUCAAACAUUUUUUAUAUACUGAAUAUGGGAUUUUUCUUUGGGUCCUUUUUUAUGACACAGCAGAAGCGUUAGAAAACAAACAAAAAAAAACGACGCAAAUGGGCGACAGAGAAAAAAAAAUCACGAAAGUUCUAUCAUUACCUCUGUUUUCAAGAGUUUUAGUAUGUACAGUGAAUAAGUAUAUGCGAAAAUACAUGUUGAAUUGAAGGAAGAAGAAAAAAACAAACAAACUACAGUCGCCUCCCGCCGGCAACAUCCUGUUACAUUCAUUCGGUUACCAGAGCAGGGAACACAAAAACAAAAUAUGUUGCAAGCUUCCACGAUUUGAGCACAGAUGAAAUAAUGAAUGAACAAAAACAUACCAAUAUACCAGCAACAACAACAGCAAAAAAAACUAACAAAAGUGAAAAAUAAAAACAACAAAAAUCAUGACAAAGCAUUACUAUGAAACUGGUUGUAAUUUUAUGAACAUACACUCACACUCAUCCCAUCCCAAAUACUAAGCAGAAACCAAAAAGCUCUGUAACACUAGUGACAGAAAUAACGUAUUAAUAGAGUAUAAACAAGUCGGGGAAAGAGCCGAAAAAAUCCUAAACGUGUAAGUGAUCGUGACAUGGAAGGAAAAUGCUGAUCACUUUUUUUAAGUUGUCACGUACUAUUUACUACCAGAACCAUUUAGAGAUAUCUGCGCUGUGACAUCGCGAGCAUAACUCCUAUAUAUACCCGAGCCGGCCUUUAAAUAAUGAAAAAAAAGUAAAGAGAUCAUCGAUUCAGCGGAUUUGUGCGGAUAUUUUCUUAAUUUUGGGUAAAUAAUUUAAAAAUCGAUUUUUGAUUGGUGAAAAAAGGAUGUACAGAUUUCAUAUUCCUAAUUGCAUGGUAAUUCAAAAUUAUAAAUGGCGACUGGCUGGGUUCUUUUUUUACCCAUCUUACAGAUACUUAAUGACAGGUCGACCUAGGUGGUGUACCAGAAUUUCGAUUUUUUGAAGCUCUUAACUCCCCUGAUAUUCAUAGUUUCUCAUUGUUUACUUUUUCACUUCCAUUAAUAACACGGCCAUUUAGACGAUUGUUCCUUAACUAUUAGCAUUAUCUGCUAGUCGAAAUCAGAGUCUUUCUAAACAAUAUUGGAAAGCUUUAGAAUGACAGUGUAAUAAUCGAAACGGAAAGUAAACAAAGAGAGGCUCUCAUUUGCACUUAGCACCAUUUGACCUGUUUGUCAAGAAAUGAGCGGAGUAGGCGAGAUAACAUGGAGACGCUUACUCGUUACUAAAAUUAUUACUCACUGCGCACUGGUAACACUGGUCUCCCAUCUACUAGGUCCUUAUCGCUGUCGCCUCUUAGAAUCAUAAUUCGGUAGUCUGAUGACGAAAAACUCCUUGUUAUCAUCGUUCUGAGAACGCCACUGGAAUGCCGGAAAAAAAGAUGGGUAGGUAAUGUCAGAGACAUAACCGAAGUGAAGUAGAAUACACUUAGGCUGGUAAUUCGAAUGCUGUAAUUUUUAAUAUCGUCUGCAUGGUUGCAUUAAAUUCAGCUAUCAAGUAUUGCCUACACGUACAUCACUUGCGAUGCGUUUCUGCAAAUGAAAUUUCGGUCCUACCUCGAAGCAUGCAGACACAUGUGUGGCAAAAUUCAAAUGCUAGGUUUGUUCCCAAGUUUCCAGUGGGUAAUUAUUGUUCAAGUGGAUGUACUACCUUUACUACUCACAUUAUGGAAUAUUUCAUUACCAAUAUGUGCAGUGGUAACAAAAGGCAUUCGGCUAGUUGCUUUAUUUUAGAAACUUUAGAGCAUGGCUUGCACAAAUAAAAUAAAUUAAAGGCCAAAUCGGAUAACAAAUACUAUUUGGACUCAUUCAAAGUUAAACUCACUCCACAGUUAAAAGCCAGUAGAAAGGCAUUUGCACGUGGAAUGUCAGCAUUAGAGAGUUCAGGCGAAUGUCCUAUAAAAAAUAUAUUCAAACCUUAACCAACCAGGUUUCUUCGCAAUAACCCUGCAAUUGUCACGUGUGAUAAAAACCGACAACAAAUGUAGUACCAGGACAGUACUUUCAACGGAGCAUUUCACUUGUAGAGCAGUGAAAUUCGCAAACAAAAUAAGUAAAAUAAAAAUCCCGUAUCACAUUUCCCAGUUUGCCCCCAGUAUCAAACCAUCAACAGAAACUUAUAUCAGUAUUCAACAAACCAACAUAAUCUCCUUCAAAUCGUCAAUCGCAGCCACACUACCAUUUGCUAGAAGAAAACUAAUAAAAGAGCACACUCUUUCGCAGUGCACUCUGAAGUGCGCGCCCUGGUGAAUUUAAAAGAGCAAGAGAGCGCGUUCUCUCGCACCCAACCACCCCAUCGCCUUGAAAUUCGUUUAUUUAGCUCCGAAAGAAAAAGCGUUCUGUUGCAUAUAACUGGCGCGCAUGUAUAUCAUUGAAAUGAUGCCUGGCGGUAGUCAUGGAAUGCAUUGCUUCGAGCUCACGGAACGUAGCAACUGCUACGAGGUCAGAAAGCAAACUGACUAUUUUUUUGCUUAUGUGCUGCUUUUAUAUGUGUGUCGCGAUUCAGUGGAUAGCAAAAAGGCGGUCCCAGCAACUCUCGCUGCUUGGUUGAAUUGUUCGGACCAAUCAGCGCUGAUAAUUACCACUUUCACAAAACACAUUAUUUUUGUUAUUUAUAGUAAUAGUAUAUUUUACGGUAUCAAAUAUAAUAUACGUGCACAUAUUUCCGAUUAGAUAGUGCAAAAAUAUAGCGAUUCCGAACAGUACAACAGAAGUUAUUCGCAUUUGAAAACUGGGAAAAUAUCUCAGCAGAAACUUUGAAACGGGACCCCUAUAUUGAAACGUUAGAAGUAUUCUACUUUAAAACAAAAUCCUUUUCCAUUACUCCUCAUACCGCCAACCGAUCUUAACACGACCAUGGCAUUUCCAUACGGAGUGCGGAAGACGACAGGAACAGGAAAUAAUACGUUGUUUGAGCUUCUCCGUACUAACUCCAAGUCGCAGUAGAUAUUCAACCAAAUACCCACAACAUGGUCGGAUACAGGACAGACUUGACGAUCCGUUGCCUUGACCGCCAUCUCCGCUCCUGUGGUUAUCCACUCUUAAAUUGCAUCACAUAAAAUUCAUUCCAUAUUGCACAACGAGAGAAUGGCCUUUCUAACGCGUACAAUCCCGAUCCGCUGUUAAAACAAUUGUUCGGAUAGACACUCCUCGAAAAGAUUUCACUUAUUUUCUUUAUUUCUCACUUUACGUCUCGCGACAUGCACAUAAAAAGAAGCGUCGCGUUUGACAUACAUUUUCGUUGACAAUCACGCAACAAUACAACGCAGCGUUUGUUUAUGUCAAUUAUAACACUUUUCUGCAAGAGCUUUCAUACCGCCUUGAUAGUAUGCGGGAAAUACUUUCUGCUACUCACCUGCAGAUGGCGAAGCAAGCACGAAGUAUGUGAAAUUUUACUGGCGAAUUGCACAUAAGUCAAAAACCAAAAAAAGUAACUUUUCACUAUCGAAAAAUGAAACAUUUUUUCGAUUUUUGUCACCGCACAACCGAAAAUCGUCAAAGCACGGGUUAGUUAAGAUUCGCGAUUAUCACAAAGUCACAAAAUCCGCCUAAAAAUGCCGAAUUUGCUUUGAAUAUCAAUUCAAAACCAAGAGCACAAAUAAAAACAAACUGCAUCACAACAGUGUUGCCGCUUCUCCCAACUGUGUUUGGUGAGAAACGGUUUUCACUCAAAGUGAAUUUCGUAAAUCAACUUUUACACGUUAGUCCCAAAUUAGUCAAGAGUUUAUCGAUUUCUACUAUCUGUGUGACAACAGCGACAAUUUUCCUUGUUCGAGUGCAUAUGAACAAUGUUGCUUUAGAAUCUUCUUCGCAACGAAGCACGGUGAAUAUGAAUCAGCUGCAUUCGUCCAAUAUCGUUCUUCGCUCUUAUAUUCAAGUUGCUGUUGAUAUUCACCCACGAAUGAAGCCGACGGCCAAUCCGUGUUCAUCCGAAUGCUUUAUCCAUACGUUCUUACCUUGCUACUCAUCGAGCGACCGAAUGAACUGCAUGAGGAAUCUAUUAAGUGAAUGACGAAUAAACGAAUCAGCAAACCAUUCCUCACCAUAGCGAUGAUCGUUUACAACUGUUGGCGAAGAUGACUACAAUUUCAUCUUCGCAGAAUGAUGACUGGCGAAGAAAUAUAUUUGUAUUCUGAUGCGUUGUACUGUUCGGAACAAGCCAAUGCGCUACUGGUUCUUAGUACAAAACUAUGGGUAAAAUUAACUGGUAGCCGAAUCAAGGCAAUAUAUGUUAUACAUAUAUAGGACAAUCUUAAUAGAAGCCUUGUUUAUCAAGCAUUCAAAGGAAAUUGAAUCCAUGUCUGGUGAUAAAAUUCGGCAUGAGGCAAAUAAAAUGAGGAUGAAGUUUUGAUUUUAAUCUGCGCAUGGUGAUAUACCAUAGUAAUUUAAUCCAUUGCUGAUGUUUUGCUAGUAUCACGACGAAAUCGUUCAAUCAGCACGACUGUUUAAAAAUAACAUAUCUUAAGCAGUAAAAUGAACAGUUUUUGGUGGGUGAAAUAUGGAUAACGCAAAUAUUAUUUUUUGCUCCCCCAUGCGGGAGACUUGACGAAGAGUGUUGUGAAAAAUAAAUAUCAUGCAAAUAAAGGCAUAAGAAAAAAGAAGCUGUAAUUAUUUUUUUUCAAUAUUGUCGAGAUCCUUAGAUACCAAUAAAAAUAUAAAAUGGUUGCAUUUCAUGAAGUUAGAUUUUUGUAAAUGCAUUUCCUUUUAGGGAUUAACUAUACAGCAUACAUUGCAUGCGCACACGUCUUAAAUUCAGCCAUAAGACUAACUGCUAACUUUGUUUACUAGUACUAUAAAGAUAGAUUGAUGUUCAGGGUGAGUUUUUUUGUGACGUGGUUUUCAUUAGCAGGUACACAAAAUUUGUAUCUUUCUUCAGCCUAUUACACAGUGGUCGGAAACGCCAAAAACGUAAACUUAAUUCACUAGAGGCCAAACCAUCGAAUAUAUCACAGGGUGUCUUUGGAGGAAUUGUUCGUAUGAAUAUUCCCACAAUCUGAUAACAAUUGAAAUUAGGCAUGGCUUACUAUGAUCGAACUAAAACAAUUAACUUUUUAUAUUAAUGAGGUAUAAAGUUGAUGUCUUCGACAAAUUUGGAAAUGCUCGUAGUGAAGAAUUUUGUUGAAGAACUUGAGCUUGUAGGACUAAAGGUUAUCGAUUUAUAAGGCGUUUUCUAUGGCAAGUUGUAAUUGAAUGUCUAGUUUUUUUUAAUAUAACUUUUUUAAUUGUGAUUUUUCGUGCAAACAAUGUUCGAGAAAAAUGUGUAGGUAUCAACUACAUAAUAUUGUCGAAGACUGUAUGUAAAAAUACUUAUUCGUUUCAAAGUUAUUGAAGAUUUUGACAUUUAUUUACACCAACUUCAACUACGUAUAAGAAAGAAAGAUGCAAACCAAAAUGCACGAACAGGCACUUUUUUCACUGUCUAAACUAUGCACAAUAAAGGUAAGAAGGUUUGGUGCGUGGCACUCUACAACCCUAUGAAUAGAGUAAGCUUACUUUAUCUUUUAUGAUUUCAAUUUUUAUUAGAUUGUGGGGAAUAUUCAUGCGAACAAUUCCUCCAAAGACACCCUGUGAUAUAUUCGAUGGUUUGGCAUCUAAUGAAUUAAGUUCACAUUUUUGGCGUUUCCGUGUAUUGCCACUUGGUUAAAUCUUCCCAUAAAAUCUUGGCCAUGUCUCCCCAACAUUUCUUCAUUGAACGCAAAUUUUAGUAGUAACUAUUCCAAUAUUCCGAUUUAUGUAAAAUCAUUUCACUACUUCAUAAGUAAUAACAUGAUAUGAGUUCCAUAAAAAAUAAUUUACUCGAAUAAAUACACAAAGUUUGAUUUAAAAAAACAUCAUUGAACGCAAAUUAAUUGAUUACAGAAUAUUUUCUAUGAUGAAAUGAUUUUCCAUUUCAAACUUUAAAAAAAAACCUUGAGGGAUCGAAACUAGUAUAAAAAGAUUUUUUUAAAUUUAAGUGCCAAAUAGAAUACGUUACAACCAAUUGUAGAAUCUUACGUCAAGUCUCCCUAUGUUCCCUUACUCUAUUGUCGGAGCAAAUAAAUUUACGUAUAUUUUCGAAAUAUAUUAGAAGUACCAAGUUCCAAUCAAUCGUAAAUCUAAGAUUCACCCACAUAAAAUAAAUAACUUGAUCAAACUGAUUUGAAAAGAAAUCCGAAUAUAAUCUGUAUUCGACCUAUAGUCAUUUGAUUUCUUACAUUUUGGUUAUUCUAAUAUUAUAAAACAUACUGUUACUGAGAAAUAAAAUCUAUAAUCUGCGUCAAAUAUAAUUUGGCACCAUUUUUUUACGACAUAUUUUGAACACUAUUUAUUUUAUACUUCAGAGGUAAAAAAUUACAAACGAACUUUUUCAAAUACAUAAAACUCACAAUCCAAUUAUUGAAAAUCAAUUGAAAUGUACUAUCAAAUCCAAUUUAAACAUGCAUCAUUUCUCCCGAUUCCUCAUGGCAAUCGUGGAAUUAUGAAUCGUUUUCUAUGACAUUUUCUCAGCUGUGAUUUUUGAUUAAGUUGGAGAACUUAAAGAUUAACUAAUAAUACUGAGACCAAACCAAACGAAUUUGGAGGAAUUAGCAGUAAAGGAGACAAAUGUAUGAAAAGCGUCCAAAAUAAGGAGGGGUCCAAAUUACGUAGAUUAUCUUAUCAUUCGUUCUUCAACAUCGUAUUUCUAUCUCUUGAUUUUUGUGUAAAUUUGCAAUUUUUCUGCAGUCCGUUUUAUAAGACUCUUUCUCAAAAUGUAUUCCACAUAACUUUUUUUUCGCGUACGUCCAUUGUUCGUCCAACUGGGAAUAUUUUCUACCAAAUUAACAACUAAUAUCUUCAGUUAGGAGUAUUUUGUGACUUUUUGAAAGUAAAGCUUUCGAAGUUAGUGUAGGGUAUUGCGGUGUUUUGUGUUUCUCAAAGACAGUGACAAUUGUUAAAGUUAGUCCAGAUGCCAAAUUUUGCAAAGGUUGAACAAUUUUUAAUCCCCGCCAACUUCAAUUGAAAUUUUUGCCCUUGGCAUUAUGAAAAAAUAUUAGAAAAAAUACUAUUAUUAGUCUUUAGAAAAUUACAGCUCAUAUAUUUUUAAGGGAGCAAUCUUAGUAUUAUAAUAAGAAUACAUCCAUUUCUUGAAAAAAAAAAACGAAGUUAGGGUUUUGGGGUAUUUUGUUCCAAAAAUUACCUUUGUAAUAACAUUUCUGCUGUAUGCUGUAAAUCAUACAUCUUUUGCAGUUUUUCAAAUCUUCAACAACUCUAUACGGGUUAAGAUGGGAUUCCUAAUGAGAUGUUAUGUGUAGAACGAUUUUUUCAUCAAAUAUGGCGCCGUUCUUAUUGAUAAAAUCCAACAUAUUUUAUGUCACUGUACUGGGAUAAUAUAUAGAAGUACUGGUGUUUUCCUUUAAUUUUUUGGUGAAUUUCCUUUAAGAAUUAAAGGUGAUUUUUACUACGAAAAUGCGAAAAACGUUCAUUUCAUUUUCAUGUGUCAAAUUCAUUGCAAAUAUGAAAAUCGAAAGAAAAAAAUAUAAAACUUCCUUAUUCCAUUUUUUCAAUUACCUGAGGGAUAAGUAAAUUAAAAGUCUUUCCUAUUAACUGCAGCGGCAGAACGUUUUUGUAUGUAUAAUGAUGAAAUACAGCUACAUUUCACAGGACUUCAGUGCUAUGCUAAUAUUUAGAGGAAUGAAAAUGUUUUACCUUGUUUCGAAAGUAUUUGUCUAAAAAUGUACGGCAUUUUAUUAAUAAAACUUGCAAAGUUGAAUUUUUUCAUAAAUGUUACAUUCUGAGGAGUCCGUCAAAGUUAAUUUUCGUGUAAAUAAGAAUAAGAUUUUAUUAUAUAUGGUUAUACAAAAUAAACGAAUAAUUUUUCAACACAAUUUUAAAAAAAUACAUGAAUUUUACCGCAUUACCGCGCGGUGCGGUGCAGUAAAUGCAGUGCGGUUGCGGUAAGCGGAGCGGUUUUAUUUAUUUUUUUUUUGUAUUUGCGGUGCGGACUAUCCAUUUACCGCCCACAUUCGCACCGCAACGAACCCUAUUGGUUCGGGUUACUAAUUUAAUCUGACGAUGAUUCGGCUAAGCUUGGUUUAAAUCAGAAUGCAUUCAAUUGACAAAAACUUGUAAAUGAGCUCGAUUACACUUCUAUGGACACAGAAAUUGUUUUUGAUUACCUCGACCAUUAUGAUUCAUUGAAGUUCCAAUAGUCUAGUGGAUUCAUAAUAGGAAACAUGGUGUUGAUUAAUUUUCACCCGCGAGACAUCCGCAAAUUUACAAAAAUAAUUGAUUUGUUUUGCUUUGCUUACGAAGCUUCCCGCUUCGACUCUGAUCAUUAACCAAAAAACAUCAACAAGCAAUCAUUAUGUACUACUAAUGCUUCUUUAUAACAAAAGUCAUCCAAUUUCGAACAUAUCAAGCAAGCAUUUCUGUACAAUUUCGGUCAAGAAACUGACCCUUCCAGCAAUAAACAAGGAAUUUGUUUUUCUAUGACGCAAUGUAGGAGGAAUGAAGAACGAAGAAUCCUAAGCGAAGAAUGGCUAGUGGCGAUUAUCAUCUAGGCCAUUCGUGUGCCGAUCGGCAUGAUGCGUGAAGAUGAACAUCGCAUGAAUGGUUAAAUUCAACAAACAACGAUGCGAACAAGCAGCGAACAGCAGACAUCAGAUUCGAAUUUUUUGUUUCUUUGUGUUGUUCAUUUUCGGUGAUUCGGUGCCUUCGUGCGGCGAACGGGGUAGCGUUAUUCGAAGCAUGGGUGAAUAACACAACGAAUAUCGCAUUGAGGAUGAACGAAUGAACUAGUUUGGUGAAGAACAUUUGCAACAUUGCAUAUGAAUGCGAAGGUGAACACAAUCGAUUGAACGUAGUGUGUAUACAUGUCAUCGUUGAUCACGGUGACAGUUUGCAUUUUUCAUGGAUUUGAGUAAAAUUUUGAGCAGACACUCCUAAUCCGACUAGAAAUUGGUGGCGAUUGCUCUAAGAUGUCGAUUAUGUUGGUGAUUUCACAGCGUCAGAAAUCAGAACUAAAUCUAUUGAUUUUUGUUUUUCCCCUCAACUAUCUGACAGAGCAGAGAUGUAAACAAAACUAUAAAAACCGAAAAAUUAUGAUCCACGAGAAGCUAAUAGAAAAAAGGGUAAACCCUGUCGUUAAGGCUAUUGAAGAUGAAAGCAUAACAAAAUACAUAUAUAUGAAUGUUUUAUAUAUUUCUGGUUUUUUAUACAUAUCCUGCAAAUAAAAACAAGCGAAAAUAUGUAUGCAAAUCGAUCCUUCCUAUAUGAGUGAAUGACAGCGAGGCAGAAACACCGUUACUUGGGUUGCAUUCCAAGCGGGAAAGAAUUUAAUACUAUUAGAUUAAUACAGUUACAUUUCGAUUCGUUUCCCGAAAAGUUUUCCGUUUGCAAAUUUUUGAAAACAUGGCUGUGCGUUAUUUUUGAUGAAUUCAUCUCAGUUUUCAGUUCCGUAAGUAAAUAUGUAGUAUUAGGGCUGUUCCGUUUCGGAACCGAAACUGUUCCGCCUGGAGUGAGGGUUGCUCCAGGCCGAAAAUGUUUCGGUUGAGAUUAUUUUAGUUAUCACAGGAAACAGAGAAAAAACGGAACUAAAUAGAACAAUGUUACCCGAUGUAAAUAAUAUCCAAAACAAAAAAAAACCGCUGAGAAGAGGACGUGUUGUUUUUUUUUACUCUGAGAUGAACAUGAGAGUUUAGCAGUAUUUGAAGCAACGGUUGGAAUUUUAAUGAGGAAAUUGUACUAAACCCGCAACUAAAAGAAAUGAAAACUACUUUAAUUUCGGUUUAAGGGUAAUAAUUCCACAACAAAAAUACACGUAAUCGAUAAAACAUGCAAAUCAACUACAAAAAAAAGUGUUAAUAAAAUCAACUAACUACAUUAGGAUUAGAGGGAUAUAAAGAAAUGAGUCUAACUCGAAAAAAAAGACGGCCUCAAUCAAUAAGAUUGAUGGGAGGAACAGAAAUUGAUGUUGCCAAGAGACAACAAGAAGAGGAAAAAAAACUAAUCGUUUGUUAGAAAUACGAUUUUUUACUGUAACUAAGAAGGCAAAAUUUCAAAUGAAACAAAAAACAAACAGCAAACGAAUUAAAAACCUAGUGUAAAUAUGAGCAAUUUCCAUGAAUUGCAAGAAACAAUUCAAAACAAAAAAUCCGAUUGUAAGAAUAGCUGCAAAUGGAAAGUUUCCUUUAGAAGGGGAAAAAACAAGUGAAACAAUGUGCCAAAACUAGACGGGAGAUGGCGCUGGUGUGCCCAAACGCGUUAACCGAUCAGCUGUCAUUCUACUACAUAAUACUCUGGCAGCGAUCGGUAGUGUUGACCUUUUCGAUUGGGAUGAGUGGUAAAUGUCAAGUCGACGAGAUGACUCUCACGGUUCUCAUCGUAGUUCACAGGUUUUUUAUUAUUAUUUUAAACAUUUUAACAGUGAGAACGAAGUGAAGAGUUGAAACCAUACCGCACACCCGCCGAAGGUUAACACGCACGUGUUGGUGUGCAUCAGCACUUGACAGGCGUCCAUCUUCGUGGAGUCAAACAAAAGCUGUAAAAAUAAUGUCUGCUCACUGAAGAAUAAAACGUUCAUAAAGCGAUAUUUUCAACUAAAUGGAUAAGACUGAUUUGUUUCUGAGUUUUCAGGUUUGUUAAUUCACUAAAUUUUUGUUACUUAUAAUGCUCUGCAAAACAAAAACCGAGUUUGUUAUAGCUCUAGCGCGGUGUGCCUGUUUUUCGUGGUCCCAAUGAAAAAAGAUAUGGAACUUGCAAACAAAUGUCAAUGUUCUUGGAUUGAAGUUAAAAAUUAUUCAAAAAGAUCAUCGAGGUCUUGUCACAUUGAUAUUGACUAAUCCAUGUGCAGUUGUGUUAGUGCAAGAUUGAGGUUAAAUCGGGUGGAAUUUUUGCCAAAUGAGGUUAAAUCAGACGGCGAAUCGUAAACAUCGCGUAUACAUAUAUGUUUAUUCACAUUGCAACUGCAUGGGUAUCCUAGACGUCAGAUAAGUCAAUUGGCUAUUCGCACGUACACAAAUUUCUGUCAAACAAAAACACGUUAAAGCAUAGAACAUCGCAUACGAAAAAUAAACAAACGUUUUAUCAUAAAACUCAAAUCGGCAGACGUUGGUUGAUGAUUGAUUGGGUUUGGGAAAACGGUGAUCAAAUUUUACAAAUUACAAAUCGAUACACCAAUAAUAAAAUGUUGAAAUCAGAAAUUUGGUUCCGCUUUGCGAGAGAAUCGUGUCUGACUUACUCAUAUUCAUAAGAACAUCGUCAAUUUGAACUCAAUUUUGAGUAGAUUUUCGGUUCCGUGUAUCCCAGUAAAUGAAAAGGCGGCUUGGCGGGUAAAACUAUACGCUGGCGAUCGGUAGGCUAUUGAAACUUUGUUCUAGGCUACCCGCCGUAACUUGCCGUUUACUGUAAAAGUAGUGUGGGAUGCAACAGCGAUUUCCCGGUCAAACCAUUCGGAAUUUGAUUUGCAAUCCUGAAUGGAGUCAUUAUGGAUUCCAAAUCAAAUGCAACAACCGAUUCUGAGUCGGAAUCGGUUGUUGCAUUUGAUUUGGAAUCUCCAUUCCAUUGACUCCAUUCAGAAAUCCGAACCGGUUCCGGAAUGAGUUUAACUGGGUUAUGCCGAACCUACACGGAAAAAUAAAACAACACACAGAAUAAGUUGUUUUAACUUAAAUUUAGGUAGUUUUGAGUUUUGCGCAGAGAUGCCAGAUUUGCAGACAAGUCUGCAAAUUCGCAGACUUUUAAUUUAAGCUGCAGAUUUUUUGGAUGACGCAGAUAUUUGCAGAUUUUCUAGUUUGGUUGCAGAUAUUUGCAGAUUUUUAUGUUUUGUUGCAGACAUUUGCAGAUUUUUGAAUAUAAAGGCUUUUGGUUACACUAGCUUUCCUGACAUUUUUUGUACUUCCCAGACUUUUAAAAUUAUUAUUGCAGACAUUUGAAAAAAGUACCUGGCAUCUCUGGUUUUGCGUCGCUUUCGCACUUAUUAGCGUUUUCAAAAAUAAAGCGAGAGAUUCGACUCAGUCGGGGUCUUCCAUGGAAUAAGGUACUUUUGAGUUGUUUGAAGUAUACUCAAAACUAGGUAGAUUCAACUUAAAUUUAAGUAUAUUUAACACAAGCUUGAGUAUAAAGAACCUCCCAAUGAGUUGUGAUUUUUGCAGUGGUUAAAGUGAAACUACCUUCAACACGGUUUACCUAAUUUUACCUUAUUCCACGAUACCCCGAGAUUGCGUCAAAAGAGCUCAACUUUUGGUAGUUUUUCGUAUCUGUGUACCAUGUCGGCUAUUUUCACCGCAUAUUGACCAUGUGAAAAAUUAUAAAAGUACUUGCACCAUACAUAUAAUCUUGAGUCGCUUUGGUUUCAGUGGAAUCUUGAACGACGGAGUUUGUAGCUCACGCAUUGUGUGGCUCUGCAUUUGAAUCAUCCUCACAAACUUUAAUAUUGAUGUAAAAUAGCCAGGGAUCAGUAUUUAGAUCUACUGUGGUAUGCUCCUUCUCUAAACUAAGUGAGCUAAAGCAUAUUUUUUUCUUGGAACACUGUCGGUCUGCAUCCCAUGGUGGCACUAGCGUUUAUUCAUAGUCUUGUAAUACCAGAUCCUGUCAAAUGGCUCAUUUUGUUGGUGUAAAAAAUUACUGAGCCCAGAUGGAUGGUAGGACCGUAUUGUUCCUAAGUUAACCGUUUAGUUCAUGUCCAACGACGAUGUUAUUUAAGAAGAAAAAUGUUUCAGAACCGCAAUACUGCGUUGUUAAAUCUCCAGAUAAUAAUUAUUUGUGACAACUUAUUUUCUAUGCCCUUUUUUCCGCUUUUAACAUGACCUGAACAUUGCAUUUAAUGCUAGACUAUUUCGCAUGGCACCGGUUACCGCUCUAAAUGCAAGUCUUUGAAGUUUAUCUAGCAUUUUAAGUUGAUGUCUCUUAUUGUAGACCCAGCGAGACAUACGUUAUUCUUGGUUGGACUAUUACUGAGUACAAACGGGCUUACAACUUGCUCAAAAUGUGCAUUCCAGUUUAUUUUUUAAACCAGUAACCUUCUUCGACUAAAUGUGAUUAGUUUUAGAGGGAAGUAGAUUCGGGAAAUUCUGUUUACAACACUUCGAAAUGAAUUUUAAGGUUGGACAGAGAAUGGGCAAAAAUCGAAAAUGAAAAAAGCAGUUUUUUUCCACACCGUGUGUUAGAUCUUUAUAAAAAUCAAUCAGCUUAUGUAGAAUGUUGUUACAGUACUGCUGAUUGAUUUUUAUGAAGAUCUAACACACGGUGUGGAAAAAACAGCUUUUUCGAUUGUUACCCAUUCUCUGUUCAACCUUAAUACAGAUUGCAUAUUUAGGAGAACAGUCUCCUCAUAAGAAUUACAAUAUCGACAGCAAAUCAAAUUCACUUCGUAUUUCAUUUCAGUUAAUGAUUUCAAUAAUGGUCGUCUACAACUACUGACCACGGUAAUGGCGACAGAAAUCCACCUUGAGGGCAUCCCCUAUUUGUUUUCAUAGUCAGUGUCGUGUUUCUAAGCGAGGUAGAUUAGAUGUUUUGGGUUUAGAUCGUGUUCUUAGGAAAAGACGGGUUCCGGGACCUUGGAUUUGAAGUGAAAAGGUAAAUUUCUGCGAUGUGCUCUUUAAACCAGAUUUCUAACGUUUUCUUGGUUUGUCCAAAAUAAACUAUAUCGCAGUGAAAACAUAUUUCGUAUAUACCAGAUUUGCUCACUGUUUCCAUCGGAUCUAUUGUGGAACCUAAUGUACCGGACGUUAAGAUUUAUUAUUAUUGCAUCUUCGGUAUAUACCGUAGAUUACAUUUAAUGCUAUUGCUAGUGAAAUGUUAACAUUUUUAAUUGCUAACUUAUAACUAGAUUUAGUCAUAAACUAAAGCAGUUUCGUUGAAUUUUGCUACAACAUAUGUUUACCGGAUUAUUCUGUGCCAAGAAACCCAUAGAAGCGGACGAUUCCUUAUACCACGAAGAGGAACAAAUUAAUCCUUGAUAUAACGCCAGGACAGUCAAUAUUGUUCGACAACAUAUCGAAAAUGAACAUUCUUUGCAAGAAAGUGCGGCGAAACUCCAAUGUUGACAGAUCUAGCAAAAUGCAACAUUCUUAAACGGCGGAAGACGGAUAGGGUCGUUCUAAAGCAGUUUUCUGAAAGCAUAUCAUACAAAGCUUCUCUGAACGCGCUCCAGCCGGCUACGGCGUUGUAUGGCGUCCAUACUUGUACAGCGUACUCCAAGAUACUGCCGGACCAGUGCGCAGUAUAAAGAUUUCAGUGCGCAGAAAUCCACAAAAACGAAAACGCAAUGCUGCAAAAGCCUUCUCCGUUGUUGCGGUGAUGUGGUCAGCGAAACGAAGUUUUCUGUCGAAUAACACUCCCAAGUCACGCAUAGAAUCCUCCAUUUCGAUGACACAGACUUUGUAAGUAGCGGUUUGACCACUACCCGGGUUCUUAUUUGCCCGGCAGACCCUUUUGUCAGGGCGGCCUAGCUGCUUCUAUCAGAAUUUCGGAUUUUAGUAACACAACAAAAAGGCUAACAAACAAAUCAAAAUUUACCGACUUUUAUACCACCAAAUCUCCUCUGUGUGAUGGAACUGAUCAGCUGCUUCUGACAAUGGCGGGAGGGCAAAGGUUUUUAUCCGACCGGCCGCUCCGACAGUCGUGUUCUCCUGCUGGUAUCGUUGGCUGCUAUCGCAGUGGUCCUUUUCUUUUAUCCAGGGAAGUGAUCAAGGCUCUUUUGUCGGAACCUCUCUAGCUGCAGGACGAUUAAUCGCUGGGACCGCUCACUACCUGUAAAUGGUCAAAGUAGAUACCGAAGUAAACUACCUCAGGUGGAUCUGUUGCCGUACCUGCUUCGCCAUCGUUUGCGAUUAAAAGUGGAGGAAAGCUAUGCUUGUUCGACUGAUCCUCCAAAGUGAGAGCGACGUGGCAUCACCGGGUCCUUGGUAUUUAGCCGGGGAUGCAAGUAGCUCCUUUGCGGUUAACUUCCCGUUUCGGCUACCCAACACCACGAGUACCCGGGUCGGCACUUUUCAGCGGAGAUUGUCACCGUUGCAUACACGCACUUCACAGCACUGGUUAUUGUGGCGGUUAACUGUCCCGAAAAAAAACAAAACUAAGCGGGGCGUCUGUUCGAUGCCGUGGUCCGUCACUAUCUAAACUUGAUGGCCGCCUUCCAACCAAAACAAACCACCAACCGCAUCGCCGCACAGCUGUCAUCGCCGAUGCGCAGUAUAAUCAGCACACUUUUCACGGCAACAGGAGAGUGGUAACCAUCUAUACACUAUGUUAAUUAUACAAAUUCAAGCUACAAAAAAUAUCUAACCUAUCUGCACGUACAAAACAGUUUACAAACACGAAACUAUGCAAAAAUUUACAAACUAAUCGUUAACGGUACAAAACAGCGGUGAGCAUAAUGUCACCUAAACAAAUACACUCUACGGAGUGGAUAGUCAAAAAUAGGUAUAUUUCCACCCAGUGCUAAAUUGUUAUCCUGACGGGUUACAACUUGAAGGUAUAUUCGCAACGGCUUAGAGUUGCCGAGCGUCCGAAACUUAUUACCUUACAUAUAUCGACGAUGAUCUGCAUUCCAUUCAUUGGCUAUAUCGUCUUGGAGCACAGCUGAUUCGAGUACUAAGGCGAUUGAAUGAAAGAUUUUCAAAUCAUCAGCAUUGACUAGUUUUUCAGACUUAAUGCUGGUCGUUGAAUUUCCAUUCAAAGUGAAUUUUGACAGUUGGCUUUUAGGCCGUAAUCAUAUGUUUGUCGAGAACUAAUCAGUAAGAAUACACUGAACCAAAAAAAGGUGGAUUUCUGACUUAUGCGCAUGAUCCCGUUCUCAGUGUCGUGAUCUGCCUUAAUAUCGAGAAAACGAUUAAUCGGACAUAUCGCUCUCCGGAUAAAAUCUUUUUGAUCAUCAGAACAAUGUUCUCCGAAGUACUCACCACUAUCAUUAGUCAAAGGUCAUUGGCACUGCGUUGGAAACCAAGUCUUUCCACAAACAAAUUAAGCCUAUUGUUGCAAGUUUUAAACGACAAUUGGAGGCCAUAUAGCGACUUGUUUAGGCGACAUACCAGACCAUUCUUACGACCGCAACCCUCCGGUUGUUGCAAGCAAGUUUGCUCUGACAAACUUCCGCUGAGGAAUGACGUCUUGACAUCCAUCUGGUGUACGACCAAUCCCUCCUUAUUUACCAUUGCCAUAACUGCACGCAAUGUAUCCAGUCGGACUACCGGCGAAUAUGUUUCCUCAUAGACGAAUCCGCGUCUUUGACUGAAAUCCCGCGGAUCGUCUUCAGAUAUUUUGAUCUUGAAGAUCCACCUACAAGUUAUCGCACUCUGACCCUUCGGCAAUUUCACCACACUUCACGUAUUGUUCUUCGCCAGCGAAUCGAUUUCGUCUUGCAUAGCUUGCUGCCAUUGUGCCAAAAACGAUUUGUCAAUCUUCGAACCCUCAAGCAUUGCUCGAGCUUGGUCAACAAUUUUUCGGAUCAUCCUCUCACACCAACCGUUCUGUUCCGGUGUAUGAAUAACCGUACAUUCCAUUUGUAUUCCUUUCUUCCGUCGGAAAACUUCCAAUGCUCUAUUCUGAUACUCCCCAUCAUUGUCGCAUUUGAUACCAGAAAUCUGAAUCCCAAAUUUUGCAGUUACUACUGCCUCGUACUACUUAAACCAUUCGAGCACCUCACCCUGUUGCCUUCAUUGGAAAGAUCACAACAAAAUGCGACCAAUCGUCGACAAACGAGACGGAACACUGCUCUCCUUCAUGACCGAUCGGAGUUACUGGCCCGCAUGCGUCAAAAUGAAGGACUUCCAACACUCGCGACGAACGACAACCUUCUCGCAAGGAAAAGGCCUUUCGGGUUUGCUUUCCCUAUAACGCAACGUUCACAAACAAUUUCAUUGUUUGUGAACGUUGCGUUAUUACUAUUGGGAUACUUUCGGUAGAACUUGAAAGAAAACCAGCUGUCAGUUUGAAAGUUGAAAUCCAAGUGAGGCCAGCUCGUAUAUUCUGCUGUUAUAACCAGGGAUACCAGGUAUCUUUUUCAAAUGUCUUCACAUUUCAUGAAAAAUGUCUUCAUUUGUCUUCAACGGCCAGGAUUCUGAAUCGGUUAUUGAUUUUGAGCCAGAAUUCUGCCGGAAAUCAGUCAGACAUCCGUACAAAUAUCUUCAAAAUGAAAAACACGUCUUCACAACAUUUCAAAUGUCUUCAAAAUGAAGACAAAUCUUCAAAUCUGGCAUCCCUGGUUAUAACGCUUCCCACUGAGACGUCCAAAAAAUUGUUUCAAAAUCGUUCAACACGGGUCCAACGAUGGACGUUCGUUGAACGGUUAUUUGGACGUUGUCCAAAUUGGUCCAACGAACGUCCUUCAUUGGACGAUUUUGAAACCAACCGUUCUUAGAGGGUUGUGUGCGUGUCAGUAAACAUGCUAAAUAUCUUAUAGACACUUUAUGGAUAAUGUCAAAGACUAUUUAGUACAAUUCAUCGGUACACUGAAACAAAUAUAUAUUCGAAUGCUGAUACCACAUCUACGGCGCCAGUUCUAGCCCUUUCGUAGUUCGUCUGCACGUCAACAUCGAUAUUCUCGAACAAUCACCGAUUGUGUGAAAGUUUAGCUCGUAUAGCUUUCCUUUGCGGACCACCGGUCGCAGCAACCCAUGGAGUAACAUGGUCAUAUUUUAGUUCCACCAGCCAUGGAUUUUUGGAUUUUUUUUCUCUUAAUCUGUUGAGGUAACACUAGAAAGCUGUUUUGAUCAAGAUAGCCGUGCUAAAAGUUGCUUAGUUGUUUUUUUCUUCUGAUGCUCAAUACGCAUCUCUUGCAAAAUUUACAAUAGUUGAAUUGUGCCGAAAAUGUAGUCGAUUUCAGCCUAAAUUGGUAAAAUUUAUCAGUAUACAAAAAUGAUUCAAGCAAACGGAGGUGUUUCAAAAUUUUAUUUUUUAGCGAUAACUGAAAUUGUUCCUGGCCGCACUGCUCCAGCGGAAUCCAACCAGAAUAAUUCCAAUAACUGGAGUGGCAGCACUGGCGAAUCGCCCGGACGUGUUGUCGUUAACGUCCAAUAUUUUUCAAAGUUUUGCAGUGAUAUGUACAGUAUAUUUAACAGGAAAAUGAAGCAAUUCGUUCAGUAGGUAGUUUUUCCUGUUGAGUAACGUGUUAGUAGGUUGAAAUAUCGCGAGAAAAGUGUGAUUUUGCAAAGUGAUUUAUCGUCACAACUUUGCCAUUGAAGUAUGUGAAGCAAGUCGCGAAAAAAUACACCCGCUCGUUCCGCUAAGCGCGCCGUCUGGAGCUGAGUAGCUGAUGCAACAAUUUCACGGAUGGAGGGAAAUUCUUCACACAAUUCUCAUGAAUUCAUUUAUUCAGAGCUGAUGAGAUCGUUUCAUGUCAUUUUUCAAUGCUUGUCUAACUUCAUAAAUAUUUUCUUUUUUGUAAAUACGUGCCAGAAUCAAAAACAUUUUUCAUUCUGGAAGUGCGAAUAUAUUGCAAAUAUCCAAUUGAUAUGUGGAUGUAUUCGUGCGGGGUUUAUUGUAUAUGAAGGCGGCCUCAGAAUGUACGUGUAGGAACAGGCAUUCUUGCAUUGGGUCGUUGGAUGUACAGUAGAGAUAUUUCCGUUUCAUUUCCAGGACUAAACAUGUGUACAUCUAUCGAUGAAAACAAAUAUAUCAUUACAAGUCAAGUUUCUUCGAUAAGAGCACUGUCCGUCAAUGGGAAAUGGAUUGUAUACACACACAAACAAGCAAUAAUAGUAAUAACUUCCGUUCUACGAAUUUUUCUUGUAACUGUUAGUGCUCAAAUGAAAGGUAAUAAACACAGCUACUAGCAUUGCUUGUAGGUACUGGUGACCAAGUUUUGUAAAACCCAAAAGUUAUAGCUAUUUGAAAAUGUUAUUGUUUAUAAACAACAUGGAUAUGAAGACGUUAUAUCUUACAUGAAGAAGUCUCUCUGAUCUCCUCAAGAUUUGCGAGUCCUGCACAAAAAAAUUAUUGAGCUCCUUCUGGUUCUAGCGAGAGAUGGGCAGUCGCUGAAAGUGUGUCUGGAUGUUACCUCCACUAGAUGGCAUUUAAUACAGGAACUAUCUUGAGCUUUUCCUAAUUUGGCCAACUUCUCUACUCUUCCUCUUUUAAUAUUAAAUAAACAGUCUUGAUUGAGAACGGGGUGACAGGGCAGCAUCCUUUGCGACCAAUCAUCAAAUUUUCUCUUAAGGCUCUGCUAGAUCUAAAUCCAAAGCAUCAGCUCAGGACCUGUGAAGCGAGAUGAUGAACCCCUGUUACCUUAGCUCGUUUCCAACCAUUUCCAUGCUCGCUGUUCCUCUGUCAAAGUGAGCUUGCAUUUGCAUCCAAAAUUUCCCGACAUCCAAAGCCGAGUUUAAACUUGAAGAUACAGGAAGCCAGAACUCUUACACCGCCUGACUAUCUGACAAACUGACCAUCUCCUUCAUCCGUAGGGUCGUUUUUUAGCAAAAUUUCAAAAAGAAAAAACACGCUAAGCUUCAGGGUAACCGUAUCCGAAUUUGUUUUGGGCGUUUUGUUCAAUUCCUGCCGUCAGAUUCAGCAACCUCGUCCACUAUACUGCCGUCAUAAGCAUAUUUGUCCCAUGUUCUAUGGGAUUUCCUAUAUACAUAGGACAAUUAUGCGUAGAACGGCAGUAUACUCUUUCCACAGGACAAGAAUUUAAAGUAAUUCUCGCAGAUAUUCUGGGGCCUUCUUCAUGAUCCGCCGGGCGAUUGCCCAACAUUUUGUGUUUGGACAGAUCUCCCGGUUGGAAGUAUUCUUAGCCUUGAGUUCCUCGUUCGCGACAUAUCACACCACGGCCGUUUUUCCCCUAAUAAUUAAAUACCAAACCCGGCAAAACAGCACAGAACAAUUUGCUCCAGGAAAGGCAGCAGACGUUUUUUUCACGACAUUCGCCCACGUCAAAUUCCUGCUUGAAGGUCCGAACUACAACGAAAAUGUCGCACUUCUGGGCGCAGGUACAAGUAGCUUGCCAAACCAGAUAAUUCUUUUACUGGCUGGCAUAUCCCCUUCGAGCUAAGCAGAAGGAAGUGAUUCGGCGUUAGUGACUCCUGCUUAAACGUAUCCAGGGGAAUGUAGGUCAGAGGUCUCGAGUUGACCAUUGCUUCCGCUUCAGUCACCAAAGUUACGAACGAUUCUUCAUCCAGCUUCCUAGCGGAUGAUAAACAGCUGAUCGCCUCCUUAACCGAGCGCACCAUUCGCUCCCAACAUCCACCCAUGUGUGGGGAGGCUGGUGGGUUCAGGUGCCAUUGAUUCGGUCAACUUCGCGUUCAUGCUCCCGUUUUGCCCCAAUAAAGUUCGUGCCUUGGUCGCUGAAUAUUUCCUGUGGUGCCCCUCGACGAGCCACAAAUUUUCUUAUCGUCGGAAUCGGUCGUUAAGCUCGCUACCACUUCCAGGUGGACUGCACGAAUUGUCAAACAUGUGAACAGCGCCACCCACCUUUUGACAUCACUUCUUCCAAUCUUAAUCAGGCAAGGGCCAAAAUAAUCGACGCCAGUAUAGGUGAAGGGUUUGACAAACGGUGUCACCCUGGACUCCGGAAGAGCUGACAUCCGUGGAACUUUUGGGGUAGCUUUGAAAACUCGGCAGUACUGGCAAUGUUUCGCUGUUUGACGUACUUCGACCCGCAAACGUGAAAUGGCAAACUUCUGGCGAACUUCAUUUACGACGAUUUAUCCAUUCUUAUGGCCCUGCUGUCUGUGGUACCAAUCCAGUAUCAAGUUGGUUAUGUAGUGUCCUCUUGGCAGAACCACGGGGAAUCUGGCAUCGUAGGAAAGAGAUUCUGCUUCCUUCAGGCGACUUUCCAUUCGCAAAACUCCGAAUUCGUCUAACUCAGGCGAUGAUUUAAAGAUACUGCUCGAUUUGUCGAGUGGUUUCUGCUUAUCCCUCGGCAGUUCAAGGUUUCGGCGUAGAGUAAUUACUUCAUCUUGAAGUCCCUCGUACUGGGCGAUUUUCCAGGCUGUUCUUUCUGCCAAACGAAACUCGUCUCGAGCUGCAUCCCGUUGUAUUAAAGCAUCUCUAUUUACUCUUUUCUUACAUAGUGAGAUAAAGCGAUGAACGUAUUUCAGCGCUCCUAGUAGGCGUUCCCACUUCGAGAACCGGAGGAAAUCAACCAAACUUUUAAGGAUUAGGUAUCUGUGGACAUAAACCGGUCUUAGCUCCACAGAUGUAUCUGGUGGCGGUUCUUGUGACUGAUGAUUGUUUUCUUCGAAGAGUACUGAUGGUCAUUGAAACCACCUGCUAUCUUGUUCAAGCACCGGUCUUUUGCUUCACUUGGUGGCUUCAUCUGCGACAUUGAGCCGUGUGCUGAUCCACCUCCAUUCGAUUUCGUUCGUUUCAUUUAACACUUCGUUGACCCGAAAGGCCACGUAUUGGCUGUACCGGCGUUGGUCUGACUGAAUCCAGGAGAGAACGGUACUGGAAUCACUCCAAAAGACGCGGCGAGUUAUGGGUAUACUAUGCUGCUUGAUCACAGUUGCCGCCAAACGUACCCCUAUGACUGCUGCUUGAAGUUCCAGUCAUGGUAUCGUUAACGGCUGUAGAGGAGCAACUUUCGCUUUUGCUGCUACCAACGAGCAUCGAAUGUCUCCUCGAUCAAUUAUCCGGAAGUAGGCGGCUGCUGCAUAUGCAUGUUCGCUAGCAUCGACGAAGACGUGGAGCUCCAUGGUCAGGUAACUGAACGGAUCUUAACCAGGAAAAUAACACUUUGAAACCGCUACCUUUUCUAGCGUUCGAAGUACGUCUACCUGCACUGCUGCCAUCGGUUGAUAAGGUUAUUCGGAAUUUGGUCAUCCCAGCCGAUUUUUGCGUGGCGCACGUCUUGGAUUAAGAUUUUCCCAUGAAUUGCUAUAGCUGCGAUUAGCCCAAGCGGAUCGAAAACGUUCAUGACGACUCGAAGUAACUGUCUUUUGGUGGGAAUCGCACUACCUUCGAUCAACGGACACAGGUCGGGCCGGAAUGCGAUCGCGAAGCUGAAGUUGUCCCGCCUGGGGAGCCAUACGAUACCUAGAACUCUAUCGAUAUCGCUAUCUUUCCCAAACUUGAAGCUGCGCACUGUAUCGGUAUUGAGUUCCCCGACCCGUCUCAGGACUUUGUUCGAGUUCGAUGACCAGCUCCGUAGUUCGAAAUCGGCUUUUUUGUGGAUUUUCUGCACAUCCAGCGCUUCCACGAUAGUUUCUUCCACGGUAUCAAAACUAUCCAAGAAAUCAUCCACAUAAUGAUUCUCCAGUAUAGCCUUUGUCGCUUUCGGAUAGACCGCUGCAUGUUCUUCAGCAUUAAGGUUCUUUACAAAGUGCGCUGAACAAGGCGAACAUGCUGAACCGAAAGUGGCGACAUCCAUCAACCAACGUCUUCAUCGGUUGAUUGGGAUUGUCACGCCACAAAAAAAAAAACUGUGACUGACGAUCCUGUGAACGUAUGUAGAGCUGAUGAAACAUCUCUCUUAUGCCACAACCUCUCGUUGGCGAAACUGGAACAGAACUGCUGUCAGCGACGUUAAGAGGUCAGGUCCCUUUAGCAGCAUAGAGUUCAGUGACACACCUUUAACCUUCGCUGCUGCAUUCCAUAUAACUCGUACUUACUCAGGCUUUCUAUGAUUCAGUGCUAUACCAAGGGGUAGGUACCACACACGCCGAGGAUCGAAUUAAGAAAGUUCUCCGUCAUUAGCUUCAUGAGCGUAUCCUUUGACUUUGUACUCAUGAAUCUACCGCCGAACAUUUUUGUAUAGCUCUGGAUUUUUCAUCAGCUUUUUCCAGACUCAUUUGUCGUUUUUCUGCCGUUGAUUUGCUGUCUGGAAACUCCACGUAGUCAUGCCUCCAUAGAAACCCAGUUUCAAAUUUCCCGAAGGACGUUCGUUUUGUAGUUUCUGGCACGUUUGUCUUCCUCCCCUUCGACGGUUGGAGAUAUUGUGACUCCAAUGCUUUCUAUGGAAAACAACUGUUUGACGAGAUCAUGAAGCUCUUCAUCCUGCGUACGAGCUAAGAUGUGCAUGCUUCGAUGCUGCAGUUGCGACGUGUACACUUCUGACUCCGUUCCAUAAAGUGCCCAUCCCAGCCUGCUUUUCGUGGCAACCGGCUUCCCUGCUGGACCUUCUCGCACUUUCAAAGAAGUUUACAGAUUAACGUUGCUCAAACCGAUAAGUAUGCGUGGAACCGCACGGUAGAAACUUUUAAUUGGCAAACCUUGUAAAUGAGGGAACUGUUCCGCAAGUUUCUCAAACUGCACUGUCUGAACCGGUAAAUCGAGAUUUUCUACUGUGUACACAUUCUUGACCGCAUACUGUUUUUCCAUACCGCGACCCGAAAUAUUAAGAUUGAUUACUCGUGUAUCUGGGAUCCGCUUCGUUACACCUCCAGUCCAUUGCAAACACAAUGUAGUUGGAUGUCCUUUUAUAUCCAGUUGAUCAGCAAUUUCUUGAUACAGCAUUGUGAUUGACGAACCUUCGUCCAGAAAUGCGAAGGUAUCUACCGAAUUGAAUUUCCCAUAGAGUGUCACUGGUACUACACGAAAUAUCGGUAGAUCUUGUGGAUUACGAUGCACGGCAACUGUGCUGUUGGUGGUUUUUGACUCAGAAGGGUGAAGUAGACGAUGGUGGUUCUCCGAACAUCCUUGGACACCACACGUAUUCCCUUUACAUGGCCAGCGCCCAUGCGCAGCUAAGCACCUACGACAAAGACGAUAUUGCUCAAUGGCUUUCCAACGAUCUUAGAGAGAAAAGUUCUUGAACGUAAAACACUCUCGAAAUAUGUGUCCAAUUUUCGAACAUACCGUGCACUGUUUUUGUUCACUAUUUUUCUUCAAAUUAACAUCCUUGUCUUUGAAAUUCUCCUGCUGGGGUCUCUGAUCCGAAAACGAAUGGCCGUUUAUGUAUCCUCGUUCCCUAGCUUUCGUGCGCUCUUCUUUCCACAACAUCUUCUUGUCGCUAACGGCUAUCGCGGUAACAUUGCUGGCAGCAGACACGAGCGUUGACAUAUAAUACUAAACACUCCAAGAUCUGAUUCUGAAUGUUGGCGAAUAAACAAUGCCCAAUCCAGUUUGAUGUUAGGAGGGAGUUUGUCCACAAGCUCCUGCAUCAGAGUUGGAUUCGACAAGUGUGUGUCUAAUCCAACGGAACGCAAGUAUUCGCAAAAGUUCUGAACCACUAAUCCAAAGGCGACCAAAGAUUCCAAUUUAUCUGCUCUAGGUGAUGGCGUUGCGCGAACCUUGUUUAAAAGCGUGCGAACAAUCAGCUCUGGUCUCCCAAACAAAGUCUGCAACGUGUUGACAACGUUUGAUACGGACGAUGGAUGCAACAAGACACUGCUUACAGCUUCUCUUGCAAUUCCUUUCAGACAGCGCUGUAACCUCAUAAGAUUUUCGGAAUCCGAGUAGCCACACAUACGUGUUGAAUUAGUGUAGCUACUGAAGAACAAUGGCCAGUCACUAGGGUCCCCGUCAAAAACUGGACGUUCUUUAGGAACAACAUGUCGGGCGGCUAACUGUUGUUGAUUAACAUUGACAGCAGACGGAUGUGGUUCGAAACAGGGGGCUUCUGGAUACCGAGCGAUGUUCCAUGUAUCAGCAGGCCAAGGUACCGUCAUCUGUGAACUAGCCACGAAAUCUCGAUAUGUUGCGCGGAAAUGAUGCAUCUGGCAACACAACGAACAAGGGAGAAACAGCAGCUGUCAGAUAAAAAAAACCUGUAAUCUAGCUUCAACAGACAUGCGCUUUUUUCAGUACAGUAUUCCUUUUUUCCUUACUCUAUAAUAAAAAUGUAUUUGCUUAAAUUAAACAUUGUUACCGUUAAAAUAUCAAAUGGGCUAACAAAUGUGAGUAGACAACAAAUUAAAACUUACACUAUUAUAAACGAUGAAUUGAAUUAAAAUUACAGCUUUGAGCAAACUCCACCAAAUCCACGAGUUUAGCUGAAAGGAAGUCCGAAAGUUUCCGUAACAUACCCAGUUGGUAAUCUUCCAUAAAAAUUCUUUUCAAGCUAGCCACGAAUAACAGAAUCACCGCACAGAGCAUUCAAAUUAUUAAAAAAAAUCGUCAAGCUAGUCUCUUAUCAUCUUCCAGAUAAAACUAUAAUUUAAUAAAUAAAAAAUAAAUAUAAAUUUGCUCAUAUAUAUCACUGUAUAAAUUUGACAAUAUGAAAAUCAAAUACCGAGAUGACAGAAACAUAUUUGAUUUAAUGAAAGAAAAAAGUAAAUAAAUCAAAAGCCGAACCCCUUUUGGAACCCAUUUUUUCCGGGAAACAAAGUACAACCCUGACCACGCAAAACGACACAACCGUGUAUCAGAAACCUUGCCGGCUGUAGCGCUACAUAACUUUCGUGAUCCGGACAACCUAUAUAGGGCGAGAGGCAACUGAACACCAUAAUUAUACUCACUAAAGUGGCCCUAGCUUGAGUAUAAUCGCGACACAGCCUACUAUGGAGAGGUAGUGCUGCUGCUGCUGCUCGACUCGAUAGUUUCUCCGCACCCGACAGUAGCAGGCUGUUUGUUGUCAACACAAACAUAUGUUAGCGAGCGCUGGUCAGAAAAAGGAAAAAACUCGAGAAAGUAAAUGUGUCAACGAAAAUGGCGGACAAAAGGUAUAAAAGCUCUGUUCAAAGUUAAUUUCCGGCGAAUUUUUUCCCCAACAAGGAAAAAUAAACACAAGAGACCCUCUAAUCAAGGUGCGCGUUUUAGUGCAUACAAAGCAAAGAACAGAUUGAGACACAUUUCGUUGAUUACAAAGAAAAAAAGGAAAAAGAAACCGAGUAUGCAAAAACGCUCAAACAUUCGGGGGUUUAGAUUUGCUACUGAAAGUGGGGAGAUAGUACGGAUAGAAAGAAAAGAGUAUAUUUAUAAAAGUUAUCAAAAUUCGCUCGGCUGAAAGCCGCUGAUGAUGCGCAGGUAGACGGAAAUGUUUAGCAACAAACAAUGCGACAGAUGCGAAUAAUAAAAUGAUUUAUGAAUUAAAAAAAAAAUGGUAAAGAAAAACUUUAUUUUUUAUAAGAAAACAAAUGAAAAAAGCUAGAAAACACACUAAAUCACAAAAACACACACACACAUAUAAGAGAAAAGGAGGAAGAAAUCGUUUUGUUCUAAACAUAAAAAAAACAAAACAACUAAAAGCACAACAGCAAAAGAACGAAAUGUACUUAGCUUAAGUAACACACCCAACCCGGAGGAUGCGACGAAAUGGGAUAAUUAUGCCUCCCAUUGCGCAAAGUCGUGACCCUCCGAAAGUGCCAGUGUCUGCAAACACACUAAAAACUGCGGUGUGUUAAAUAUGAAAUUUUAGUUUUCUGUGCAUUGGUUGGGUGUGUGCCGUCAAUUCAGUAACACUCCCCAUCGUGCACCAAAGAAAGGGAACGCAUUCACACACACAGCAAGUAUGUGUGCGUGUGCUACUGAAACAUUUUUUUUCUGCUUUUGUUUUAUAGAGAAUUUAAAACAAAAAUCUUGAGAAAGAACAUAACAAUGUACACAUUAGAGGAGAAGAAUACAAGGAAAUUUAAACCAAAAACAAAACAAAAAACGUCAAAACGAGAAGAAACCAACAUGCUGUGAGGAAUUAAGAUGAAAUAAAAUGAAGCAACACAAAAUAGUUGAAAAAAAAACACAUUGAAUCGAAACAAAACCAAUGCAAAAUGGAGUAAUUAUGGCAGUGUGAGCGAAUGCAAAGUUUCACGAAGUGGAAUGAGGGAAAAGUAAGUUUUUGCGAGCAAAAGCGCAAGGAGAGGCGAAGAAGAUGUAAACCAAGGAAGGCAAAUGAGUAGUCCUGUGAACAUAAAAACAUGAAAAUUAAUAAAUGUAUUUUAAAUGUUA